CUGUCGCAUCGGAGGGUGAUGUACCUGUGUUGGCACCUAUUAUCGCCUAUUUCAACUAUUAUUAUUGAUGCGUUGCGUGGUGGGGGCAAUCUCGGGGGAGCAAAGCCAAACAGCGAAUGUCAUUCAGGAAGUGUCUGCUUUUGGAAGUGGUUGAUUUUUUCACAUAUAGCACUCGGGAUGGUGCUCCCUCACAAGAUACGCAAAAUGGUGAGGUCCCCGAAGAAGUCGAAGAUGGACACCGCUACGGGAUCUGGACUGAUGGAGGAGUACGACCUGAUGAAACAGUCCAAGUACCGGGUGUACAUGUCCAACAUCGAUAAGGCCCUGAAGAACUUCGAGUACUCGAGCGAGUGGGCCGAUCUGAUCUCGGCGCUCGGCAAACUGAACAAGGUCAUCUCCUCCAACUCACAAUAUCAGAUCAUUCCCCGACGGAUCAAGAUUUCGAAACGUUUGGCGCAAUGUAUGCAUCCAGCGCUGCCAUCCGGAGUUCAUCUCAAAGCACUGGAAUCGUACGACGUGAUAUUCAGCAACAUUGGAGUAGAUCGGCUGGCUUCAGAGUUGUUCAUCUACAGCGCUGGCUUGUUCCCCUUGCUGGGCUAUUCGGCCAUGAAUGUUCGGCCGACGCUUCUUUCGAUCUACGAAAAGUACUUCGUUCCGUUGGGCGAAAAACUGCGACCUGCUCUUAGUGGGUUUUUGAGUGGCGUAUUUCCGGGUCUGGAAUCCGGGCAGGACCACUUCGAGCGAACCAGUUCCCUGCUGGAUAAAGUCUGCGCCGCCGUAAAACCGGAGUGCUUCUACACCUGCCUUUGGGAAUGCAUAGUCACGAAUGCUUCCGUACGGCUCCCGGCCAUCAGCUACGUGCUGGAACACUUUGACAAAAAACGAACCUGCUCGGACCAGAAAGAACUGAUGGGAAAUAGCGUUGAGCUUCUAGUCACCGGUUUGUGUAGUUGUCUCAUCGAUUCCGUAAUACUGGUACAGCGAAAUACCCUGGAGUUUCUGCUCUUGGCAUUCCCGCUGCAUGCGAUGAUCCUUGCCCAAAGGGACGUUACCAAACUAGUAAAAACCGCACUCAAUACCAUCCUGAGGCGAGACAUGUCCCUCAACCGGAGGCUAUACUCGUGGCUCCUCGGCGCGGACACCAGUCUCGGCAAGCACCUGGAAGACAUCGGCCACGACGGGGAAACCAGCGACCCAAACGCCUACUUCGAAUCCCACUCCAAGCAGGUUCUCAUCAGCGCCUACAAGCUCAUUCUCAAAGCCAGCAUCACUUCCAGCCCGCCAGAUCUGAGCCCCUAUCGGAUACUGAUCUCACUGCUAGACAAAGCCGAAAUCGGCCAACGCAUCCUGGACGACGUCCUGUGCGACAUCAUCCGUACGAUCUCCCUCUGCAACGGAAACCUCGAGGUGCAAAAGAAUGCCAACGUGCUGUUCUCGACGUUUGAUCCGUCGUACAUCUGGAACUACAUGACCACCCUCUACCGAGACGGAGCAAUGAAGAAACCACCCAGACCUCCCUCUUCUGGUGGCGGCGGCGGCGGCGGAGGCACUGCCAAUUCCUCCAACAUCAAGGAUCACAUCCGGAUAGACUCCGGUCCGCCUGGUACGGUGGAGGUGUGCUACCUGACGGAGUUUCUGCUGGAGACGCUCUCGCUGGAGAUCUACAACGAAACGACCCGGGUGUACUUGCCGAAGUUCUUGCUCUCGUUGAUCCGGAUGUUGACGGUGUACUCGGAGAACAUGAACUCGAACGAGGUGGCCGCCUCGCUGCGGCUGUGCGUCAAGAUCGUGUCCAAGGUGCAGCCGAUGAUUAUGUCGGAAAAGGUGCUCGAUCUGUCGAUCAGCACCCGCAGCAACAGCGUCACCCCGGAAGGUCAGGAAGCUAAAGAAACCGUUUCACUAGAAAAGAGCAACUCCGACUCGAAGAUCCACGAAAGCUCGCUUCAGGUGUCGGAUAGUUCCUUCACUCGGUCCAGCUCCAGCCAGGGUCUAAACAAAAAAGGAAAGUACAACAAGAAGUCCAAGAAAUCCAAAUCGUACACCAAGUUGAGCGAGCUGGAUCAGAAUCCGCCGGGGAGCAAAAGCACCGCCAAUGUUAGUGUGAUUUCCAAUGGUGGUGUUGGUGGAUCGCAUACGACCAUUGCGGCUGCGAGUUCCACACCCAACCUGAAGAAUGAAGAUGGGACCGGGGGUGAAUCGAGCCAGGAGGAACGACACAGUUUGAACAGCGACAAGGACGAUGGUCACUUGGAUAUUGUGAUCAAAGUUCCGACGCAGCAGAUUGCACCGGCACAGAUGCCGGAUUGUCCCAUUCUGGAGAAGUGCAUUAAACAGUAUGUGUUGUUCUAUGAGCUGUACGUGUGCAGGCAGAUCUUCGAUGGGUCGAAUGUAGAAUCGAUGGGAAGUUCGGAGUCGUCGUCAGAGCAGGUUAGCUUGCAGGAUAAUCUGUUUAUCAAUCCGAGUGAUAGUAAGUGCUUGCUGAAUGAUGAUGUGUACGUGAUAAAUGCUUUGCUUCCGGAGCUGGAUGAUGCAUUUCAGGCAUUGAAGAUCGUCGGUGUGUCCGAUAAUAAGAAGCUGAAGGCAAUACUGGCGAAGACAAUGGAGCGACAGCAAGACGAGGGAUACUUUGAACGGUGGAACGCUGCGGAGCCGGUACCGGGGCGCAGCUCGUUUGAAAUCGAUUCUCUUCUGGACAGUAACGAGAAAUUGAAACGGUUGAUCAAUGUGAGGAUAUCGGAAUCGCUGAGGAGUGCUCUAAAACUGGCGUGUAACGUGCUGACGGAGAUGUCAUCGUUUCCCAGUUAUGAGAACGAUAGUGGGAUGAAUGAAAAAUGUGAUAGCAUUCCUGGUUGGUUGAAGUCGCUGACUAUCCUGGCGGCCUUCAUUGGGGAUUUGGACACGCAACUAUCAGCGGCACAAACCUUGAUCGACAUGAUCAGUUUGCUGAGGACCAACGAUCGGAAACCAAAGUCCAGCAGUUCCAAUACCACGUUUGUAAUGAUGAUGCCCCUGCUGAAGUUGUCUCACGUGCUCUAUCUGGAAAGGAAGACUAAAGUGUUUCAAGUGCUGACGACCAUGCUGUGGAACCACUUGGAAACGGGACGACCGGAAGCCCGGAACAUCAGUGUCCUGCUGUAUCGAAUCCACAGCUGUUUGGAUCCGAAGUUCACCGAGGACGUCAUCAUCAGCAAGUUGGUUGUGCCUCAUCGGGAAAGCGGCUCAAUGGAUCGCCACGAUCUACACGUGUAUUGGUCCAUUCCGGUGCUGUCGAGUACGGAGUUGAAAAUCGAUCCUGCAGGCUUCCGACGGUUUCAACUUCUGUGGAAACUCGGUCGCGAUACACACCAUGGAAAGGAGUUUGAGAAGUUAAUGUUCCUCAUUUUAGAUGUGCUAACGUUGCCGAGUAAUCUGUCGAUUCAGGUGGCAGUGUCCAAGUGGCUGCAGGAGGCGCUGGUUCGCGGAGAUAUGGGACGAAUUCUGAAGCCACUGUUGAAGAUCCUGUUGAACGAAAGUACUAAACGGAUGAGUAUCAUCUACACGAAACGAUACAAGCAGGAUAACGACACCGGAAGUGAAUGGGAGAAGGACCUGGUGGCAGACGGAGACUCGUUCCUGGAUAAGGAAUGCUUUGCCGUGAGCUCUGAGGAUGGAUGUAUUCGGUACCAUAUGGAUAACGUUUUAAGUAAGAAACGAAGUCCGAUUAGGACAAUUCAGAAGAAGAUCUUUGGAGUAUCGAUUGGAUCGAAAUCCAACAGCAGUCAAGUGUCAAACUAUAUAACCAAUGAUAGUUCGAAGGAAGUUGCAGCCGCGACUGCCACGGCAGACGAUAGCUUCACUAAGAUUUCCCUGACCGUGAAUCCGCUUGAAAUGGAGUUAAAUGGAAAGAGUCCGAAAGCUCUUCGCAACAGGUCCAACUCGAUGGGUUUGAUUGAUUGCGAACAAAGCGCGACGGAGACUGGCUCCCUCACAAAUGGAAUAGAUAAGAAGGAUUUCCACAGGUCCACUUCGGACAUUGACGAAACGAGCGAUGGAGAUUUCGAGCGAAAGAAGGGCCGAUUGAGCGAAGGGAGCUACAGCCGAUCCACGACGGCAACCGGAUUCUACGAUUCGGAAACGAUCAAACGGUACGUAGAGGACGGUCCAAUCAAGGACUUUGUGAGCGUUUCGGGCGAUCGGUUUCGCAAUAGAAAAACAUAUCUCAUCUCUUCUAGCGGCACUUCCGGUUUGACCACGUUCGAUGACGAAGGCUUCGUGUCGUCUAUUUCGGAACGAGCGUUGAAUUAUUCGUUCACGUCGAAUGCUUCGUCCGUUACGGCGACGAUGACUGGAAACGAUGCGGAAAUUGUGUUUGGAACGGGUCCUGGCGAUCCGGCUGGAACUGCUUCGGAGACGCCCUCGAGCGGAAGUGCUUUCGGGGGCGAUUCGCAACGUAGCAGUAGCAAUAGUAAGGAUGGUGGGAAAAGCAGGGAAGGUGAACUGUUUGGGUUCGGUCGGCGGAAGAACUGGAGAAACUUGUCCAAACUGUAUCCGUUUCAUACGCAUUUCCUAAUCUACGAAUCGAUAUUUAAUACAAAACAGAUUCUGUACACUUUAGAGACAUUGAAAAAUAUUCUGGCUAAUGACAGCAGAUUCUUUCUGUGUCUGUCGGUGACAACGUCGGUUUCCAGUAGUCAGAUUCGAACGCUGCUGGUGCGGCAUCGAAGGAACGUUUUCGGGAAAGGAUUCACCGACGGGCACGACGAAGCCGAGUAUCAGAGCAUGUAUCGAGGCUCUAUGUAUCUGGAAGUGAUAGUCACAAUUUUACUUUAUUACACUCGAAGUUAUUACCAAAAAGACGAAGAGCAGAAGGCUCAACCUUCCAAGGACGAUUUAAAUGGAAAUUCCAAGAUACAGUUGGAGUGUAUCGAGUUGAUGAACAAAAUUUUCACCGAGCUUCUGACCAUAGUCAAAGACGUUGGCAAGAACCUGGCAAACUACAUUGCAGACCUUAUGGAGAAGUGUAAAGUUCAGAAAAUUUUGCUGUACUGUCUGACAUCUUCAGUCAAUUAUUUCACUUCUCCGCAAUGUUACACGUACUCAGAUGAGAUCUUGGCUUUUAACGAUCCGGAGAGUUCCCGUCUCUACGCGGAAGCUUACCAAAUUGAGCUACUCAAUCUGCUUUUGGCUGUUAUUAAGCUGGAGCAUGAAAUAAUGAUUCAGCGAAACGAUGAACGUUUUAACGAGGGCAUUAAGAACGUUCUUUCCAGCAAUUCUCCGACACGGCCUACCCCCGAGAACAAACGCAUCUACAAGUAUAUUCCCAACCAGCUAGUUAGCCAACAGCCUAUGUUCCUUUCAGCGGUCCUGUCCGCACUGCAUUCGGAAAAGCUUAGGCACAUUCACAAAAAUUGGACCGACAUGAUAACCUCCUGCCUUACCUGCUUGCCGUUGAACAACCUGACCAAUAUUGUCAUCAGCAUUAUCCACCAGCUGUGCGCCAACCUGGAUCGAAUCACCAAACGGGACCGGAUUCACAACCAGUGCACGGAUUACAUCGUGUCUCAGCUGGAAGCCAUCACAGUAUUAUCCCACUACUGUCUCUUGGACAGUUCCCAGCAAAUCUCCCUGGCGAACGUAUUCAGCGCUUCGAGCAGCCUAACCUCCCCUGCCACCAACUCUGGACAAAUAAUCAACAGUAUCGUCAACGUGUUCCUUUCCUCGUCCCUUCUGAACGUCAACCAAGCCAAAACCAGUUACCAAGAAGUGGCCAAAACUGCGAUCCUUAGUCAUCUCCCCCGCAUCAUCAUCACCAUUGCCACCCUUUGGGAAACCAGCAUUAGCGAGUUCCGACACGUCAAGCACCAGCUGCUCGAAUUCCUCAGCCCCAUCUCCCUUCACUACGGCACCAACUUCCUCACAGCCAUUUCCGUCGCGUGGUACGAACGCUGCAACGACAUUUUCAGCACUGCGAUCACCGUUGAUUCUGCUGUGGACGGCAGUGCCGAAGGCAUCGAUUUCUUCGAAGUCAUGGCCAAAGCACUGCCCCAAGCAAACGAAAACCAACUGCUGCUGGUCCGGCUUAUCUCUGGCAUUCGGAUCAUGUCGGUCGAUUCGUUCAUCCAAACGAUGCACCAGGUCAUCAAAUCCCCGCCUCAGAUCUACCAACCCCCGGUCGGAUUCAACAUCGAAGUCAGCGCCCUGGAGUUGCUGUUCUUCUACCUGAAGAGUGUGGCCCAAACCCAAUUCAACGACUGCUGGAGCUCGCUGUACGCUCUGCUAAAAGACUGCCUCUCGCUGCAAAUUCCGGCCCAGUUUGUUGCGCUCAGCAUCCUGAACGAGUUCGUCCAGCGGUGUUCGGUGAUCCCGUUCACGGACAAGAAGGACCUACGGGAUCUGCACGACGUCACGUCGCGACUGGUGGAAGCCAUUUCCAAUGUGGCCGGUUCCUGUCUGGAGCAGACCACCUGGCUGCGGAGGAACCUCUCGGUGAAGGAGGAGUUCAGCUCGAUCGAGAGCACCAAGGACGGGCUGCUGAUGCCGUCCAAUCAGCACUACUCCAUCCAGGCGCAAUCGAUCCUGGCCAGCAUCUUGGCCCCGCUGCUGGACGUGGUGUUCAGCUCCCAGGAGAAGGACAAGGUGACCACGGUGGUGACCGGAGUCAUGUACAACAUUGUGCCUUACCUAAAGACCCACACGGCGAAGAACAUUCCGACGUUCCACGCGUGCUCCCACUUGCUGGCGAGUUUGAGCACCUAUCAGUAUACCCGAAAAGCUUGGCGAAAGGACGCCCUGGAUCUCCUGCUGGAUUCAACCUUCUUCCAGUUCGAUAGCCGCUGCUUGCCCUACUGGAAAACUAUCCUGGAUAGUUUGAUGACCUGUGAUAAUACCACUUUUAGAGAUCUUAUGAAUCGCUUGCCACUAGCACAAACCGGAACGUUGAACAUAUUCACUUCCAAGGAGCAGGAGUACGAACAAAGGGCACUACUGUUGAAGCGACUAGCGUUCGUCAUCUUCUGCAGCGAGGUGGAUCAGUACCACAAAUAUAUGCCGGAAAUUCAAGAACAACUUGCCAACAGCCUGCGACUGCCUCAGGUGGUACCCCUCAUCCAAUCUGCUGUGUUCCUCUGCUUCCGGGUGCUACUCCUGCGAAUGUCGGCAGACAACGUGACCAGCCUGUGGCCGAUCAUCAUCGCCGAAAUGGUGCAGGUGUUCCUAUCGAUCGAACAAGAACUGAUGACAGACACCGAGGAGUUUAGGUCGCAAUCGAGUCAACACAUCCGGAUGUUGUCCGGUUUGGACACGGCUUGGGUGACCAACACCAAUAACGGGCUGUACUCGUACGGACAUCCGCACUGGCGGAUGGUCCAGCUGGAGACGGCGAAGCUGCUGGAGCUGGGAUGUGUCCUCCCGGCGACCAUCUUGCCGCACUUCCAGAUGUAUCGCUGGGCCUUCGUUAGUAGCCAGAACGAGCACUUCAUGACGCCGGGAAGUUACGACGAUGCCAAGAGUGUGGCCUUCAUUCCACAUGUGACCAGGAUAUCGCAACUGAUGGACUUCCGGUACACGUCGCAUUCUCCGAAGCCCCAGACCACCAAGGGCAGCCACAUCAUGCUGACCUGCCAGUCGAUCAACACCCUGCAAGACCUGUACAGCUUCUUCUCGACGCUGUCGAUGCGGUGGCCGUCGCACAUCUCCUACACGGCCGACACCGAGAAGGACACCAAGAGCUGCCUGGACGAGGUGGAGAAAGUGCUGGCGCUGGAUUUCCUCGAAAAGAUGUCCUCCGCGGGCAAGUGAGACUUGGGCGCUGGGGUAAGUACGUGUACCACCACCAUUCAUUACGCUCGGAACAGACUUAUUGCUGGGGGCACCGGCGGCGGUGCCCGGUUAAUUCGUGUAACUCAUCAAUUGUGAUCCCCUAGUUUUGUGUUUUUCUUCGUCGUCGCCCCUCUCUAUCCCCGAUUAUGUACAGACAAAAUUUAUCAAAUUAACGUUAUUUAUUCUAAAUUAGAGUGUAAGUGAAAGUCAGGAAAUAAAGAAAGCCCCAUUGCGUGGUUGUUAUGACUAUAACGAACUAAAUCCAACGUUUGUACUAUUCCGAGUAGCGAAAUGCGAAAAGUGAUAUAAGGUUAGUAAACAAAGUAUAGCACAGAAGGUAAACUUAACAAAAACACAUACGUCACGAUUAAGAUUAGGAAAAGAAAGAUGAGAGAGCUGAAAUGUAAAAUAAUUUAUGGAAGAGAGUGUUGAAAAAAACUGCUCGAGAGUGGAUUCUGCAUGUUCUCAUACCUAUUUUUCUACGAUUGCAGAAGUUCCUUGCAAAUAUGAUAGCAAAUCAAACACAAAAGAUCGUAACAAUAUGUUAAAGGGGUGAGAAAAUAGCAUCAAUUUAUCGGGAGUAAUGUCGUGAAAAUACUGUUUAAGUGAAUAUUUUAAUAUAUUUUUAAAACAUUCACGAUUGUUAAAAAAAGG